AUGGUUGAUUUUUUGAAAACUGAAAUUGAUUUGGUUUGUGAAGGUGAAUACUUUCAUGUUAGGUGUUGUGCACACAUUAUGAAUCUAAUUGUACAGGAUGGAUUGAAAGAGGUUGAUGAUGCUAUUAUAAAGGUUAGAAAUACUGUGAAGUACUAUAAAGGUUCACAAUCUAGGAGGCAAAGGUUUUUAAGUAGUGUUGCACAUGUAGAGCUACAAUCUUCAAGGGGUUUAAGACAAGAUGUUCCCACUCGAUGGAACUCGACUUACAUUAUGUUGGAUUCAGUUUUGUACUAUAAAAAAACUUUUAUUCAUUUGGCAAAAACUGAUGCUAAUUAUUUGCAUCGUCCAACAAGUGAUGAGUGGGGAAGAAUUGAAAGGACUUUCAAGUUCUUGAAGGUUUUCUACGAGGUAACUUGUGCAUUUUUGGGCUCUAAAUAUACUACUACCAAUCUUUAUUUUGCUAAUGUUUUGACGGUUAGAGUGUUGUUACACAAAGAAAAAGAUAGUGAUGAUACUUUCAUGAAAAACAUGGCUAGUCGGAUGUAUGAGAAGUUUGAGAAAUACUGGGCUGAUUUUAGCACAGUUAUGUCAUUUGCGGUUGUUUUGGAUCCUCGUUAUAAAUUUCAUAUUGUUGAAUGGGGUUAUGAAAAAGUUUAUGGGCACGAGUACAAAUCUGAGUUGAGUGGAUCGUUGGACUCCCAAGAAGGAUCUCAAGAUGUGCUAGAUAUGGCUUCUGCUUCACUUAUGAUGGACUUUUCAAAUAAGGUGACUUCUCAAGCCAUAAAAUCUGAACUUGAAUGUUAUUUAGAGGAGAAGCUCAUGCCUCGUGUGAACAAUCUAUACAUUUUGGACUAUUGGAGAACUUAUGAGGUUAGGCAAGAAAUGCCAAAUGAUCCGUUUGAGAAUGAUGGGUUAGACAAAACAACCGCAGAUGAUGGAGAACAAGACGUGGAUAAUUAUCUCGAAAAGAUAUUAAAAGAAUUAAUUCCUGAUUCUGGUAUAUUGGGUAAACCGCAUAUUGAGUUAAGAAUUAAAACAAUGAAAAAGGAUUGGCAAGUGGUCCAUGACAUGAUGAAUGGGACAAAUACGAGUGGGUUUGGUUAUGAUUGUUUGAAACAAUGUGUAAUUGCCGAAGCACUAGUUUGGGAGUCUUACCUAAAGGUACAUAAGGAGACAACAAAAUGGAAAAACAAGAUAUUUCCACAUUUUGAAGAUCUGUCUACUGUUUUUGAAAAAGAUAGAGCUCAAGGAAGUAGAAUCAGGGAUGUUGUUGAGAUGGAGAAGCAAGUGAAUCUAGAAGAACAAGAACAACAAUCAGAGGACACUGAAAGUAGCCAUAAUGUACAUAAUGCUACAAAUAUGUGA